AGAACACCCUCCUCCCAAAAGCCGAGAGCACGUUACAGACUGAAAAAGGAAGCUGCCGAACUCUUCAGUCUGUUUUCGUCAGCAUUCACUUCACCCAUCCGCUCCGCCUCAGCCACAUCCCCACCUCUGCACAGCCCUGUGUGCUGCCAGGAACCCCCUGCAGCCGAAACCAUCAGAGGAGCUAAGAAAGUUAACUGAUUUCAACAGCUUUUCAAGCUUGGGACAUCAUCGAGCGUCCAGUGGUGACGCUGACCGUAAUUGUGAGAGGUGACUAAAACCUACGAGAAGGAAAGACACAAUGAAUGUGCAAACGACAGCUGUCCUGUUGGUAAUAUUUGCUGCAGAGGCACUUUUGGAGAGCUUGGUGGGAAAGUGAAAUGACUGAGAUUUCAUGUUGCUGAAUCCCUCUUCCUUUAAGUAUCCCCAGUAUCAGCAAGCAGCUCCAAAGGCUGGGACGUCAGGCAGAAGGAAGCGUCAGCAGUAAAGGUGUUGUGCUGCUGGAGCAGCCCUUUGCACUUCAGCCAGCCCAACGCCAUUUCACCCCACAUCAGUGAGUCCCUUGGUGUUGGGAGGUGGGCCAGGACAGGCCCCCACUGCAGUACUCACCUCCUCUUACCCCAGGACAGGAUGGCCGCCCUUAUCGCUGAAAACUUCCGCUUCCUCUCCUUGUUCUUCAAGAGCAAAGAUGUGAUGAUCUUCAAUGGUUUGGUAGCCCUGGGCACAGUGGGCAGCGAGGAGCUCUUCUCAGUCGUUGCUUUCAACUGCCCCUGCUCCCCUGCCCGCAACUAUAUUUAUGGGCUGGCUGCCAUUGGAGUCCCUGCCCUGGCCCUCUUCCUUAUUGGUGUUAUCUGGAACAACCACACCUGGAACCUGGUGGCCGAGUGCCACAAGCGUGGAGUGAAGAACUUCUCUGCUGCCGCCACCUUCCUCCUCUUUGGCUCCAUCAUGGGCCGGGCAGCCGUGGCGCCCGUCACCUGGUCGGUCAUCUCACUGCUGCGUGGGGAGGCUUACAUCUGUGCCCUCAGCGAGUUUGUCAAGCCAUCCUCCCUCGACAAGUUCCCAGCAGAUUAUGGGGCUGAGGUGUUGGCCAGGUUCCCCUGUAAGGACGUGCCAGCAAACCUCACCAAGUUCAGGGACGAGGUGACACGGAGGCUGAGAUAUGAGUCCCAGCUCUUUGGCUGGCUACUUAUCGGCAUUGUUGCAGUCCUGGUUUUCCUCACCAAGUGCCUGAAGCAUUGCUGCUCACCGCUGAGCUAUCGGCAGGAGGCUUACUGGGCCCAGUACCGCUCCAACGAGGACAAGCUCUUCCGACGCACAGCUGAGGUCCACUCCAGGAUCCUGGCAGCUAAGAAUGUGAAGCAAUUCUUUGGCUUCGUGGCACUGGACAAGGAGGAGAAGGAGCUGGUGCAGGAAUUCCCAGUGGAGGGUGUCCAGCCGAGCCCCCAGUGGAAUGCCAUCACAGGAGUCUACAUUUACCGGGAGAACAAGGGCUUUCCUCUCUACAGCCGGCUCCACAAGUGGGCCAAAGGGGUAGAAGGGAAUGGGCCAAGCCCAGAAGGUCACGAAAUGCUCUUUUUGGCUUCCUAAGACAAAGGUCCUGAGAGCAGUUCCUCAGAGUGUGUGACAGGCCUAUCGGUGUCAGUGCAUGGUUCAGUGUAUUGCUGAGGGAUUCACUGGAAAUAUUCCUCUCAGCAGGAUUACUUCUCUCAGUGGGUUAAAUAGGGAUCAACAGCCUCAAGGUAGAGACUGAUAAGUAAUACACUGAGCUCGGAAACCCCUCCUUCAGAGAGUCAUCUCACUGCUGCUCCAAGAGAAACAAAGGGAGCAAAGAACAAACUCACACCUUACCUCUGGGCUGCCAGUGCACCCUGCUAUUUAAUGCACCAACAGAAACCUCAGGGAAUGAGAGGUGGGCACAACAUUUCUAACCACAACUCCUGCAGUCCCACCCACCUCCCCCACAGCAGGGUUAGCCCCAGCCACCCUGCACACCUGCUUGUUUUGAUAACACCAGUACCUUCUUAAGCAGUCUUGUGGAGUUGUGUGGUAUCAGAGCACUUUACAGAUUUAACAGCGCAGGGAAAAGAAAGAAGCAAGAAGUAAAUUCCUGUGGCAAGGGGAAUGCAAUAGUACCUAGAAAAGAAUGGGUCAGUAAUACAACAGCACACCAAAUAACUAAGGCAGGAGGAAUCACCAAUAUUCCCAGUAUACAGAAAGACACUCUGUAAUUACCAGGUUGGAAUUUGGGUAGGACAACAAACUCCCUUUGUUCUUACUGAAGUGCCUGGCAACUUGUAAUGAGCCCAAAGGGUCACAACCAUGAGUUUACAAACCCAAAAGAGGGCAGAAUAGCUUUCAGGCAAGGUGGAGAGUAAGCAGUGCCCACAGUGAGCCACACUGCCAUAUGCUGCAUUUCUCACCCAACCCUCAGAUGAGAGUCCAGCUUGUUUGUGUUGCAAGUUGUAGGAAAACUUCAACCAGAAUUAAUUUUACAUAUAUGUAUAUAUAAACACAUACAUAUAUAGUGUAUAUGCUAUAUAGUUAAUUAGCUAUAUUAAUAGACCAUCUGUCUCUGAGGAAAAGGGAGAGAGAAAGUUACCAACCAAAAGACCACAUCAGCAGUCUUGCAAUGACAAGGAAAAGUAGAAAUGGGAUGGGGGGAGUAGUCCCCUCCCUACCUUUCUAACACUGACUUUUCCAACUUUUUCCAGUGCCUUAAAUGGCCCCUGUACCAGAGGGUCUCUUACAGACUUGGUUGUAGUCUGCAAAAGCAAAGUCAGAAAGGUGUAAAUUCACUGCUCUCACCAUGAUAAAGUGCUAAGUAUGGCUUUGAGGCUGCUCUUCUAGAGCCCUCACAGUCCUAUUUCUCACAAGGGUCAGCCCUACAUACCCGAUGCCAUUUCUAGAGCUGGCAAGAUAAUGAAGUUUGUUGUUGCUACCUUUCCUGCUUCUUCAUAGAUACAACAUCCUUUUAUACUGUGCCGUUUACCUAAAAGCCUUAACUUGUUAAAAAAAAUUACUCAAUUCCAUAGA